AUGGAAAAACAAUAUACUGCCCCAGUCUCACCGGUUAUAGAAGAAGAUGACAUGAAUCACCAAGAAAACGGCUCCUCAUCAGAUUCCGAAUCACUCCCCGGCAAUUCAGGUCAAGUCUAUGAUGCGCCCAGCACCGUUACAUCGAUAGAAUGUAUUGCUCAUCUUAAGUUUCUCGCUGUCCUAGCGCAGUUACAACAUGCCAUCAGGACCAAGGACGGGUUAUUCAAAAUUAACAAGCCGAAAAAGCACAGUCCCUUGCUUGAGGAUGCGACAAUCAAGUCUCGUGUCGAAGAGAAGAGAUGGCAGGUGUAUGUCUCUCGUGCUGUCGAUCGUUUCACGCAGUGGUGGUUGACCCUGCCGACGUAUAAGGAGCCGCCCACAGUCAUGUCCUUGAAGCGGUUUGAAAUGGAUCCUUUAACGUUGGAUCAAGAUGCAAGGAUUGUACUUACAAAGGAUCAAUUACCACCUCUAGACGUCCUCAUGGUUUGGCAUUCGUUCAUGCUCAAUCCUCGCGCUUAUUUGGAGGAUUGCUUCAGACAGGCCAAAAUGAAUCUAUGGGCGACUCCAUUCCCAUGGGAUCUGGUUUCCAACUGCAUUACUCUCGAUCAGGACGAAAAGUAUUCCUACGACCCCGGCGAAACAGCCAAAAAGAUAUGGCUCAGUCGCACGGACAAGAAAUGGGACAACCUCGACGACUCGCUUCGACAUACAGUUGAAUGUCUCCUGUGCCAUAGCAAAACACGCGUUCUCUGGACCACGGCAUCUAUCAACAUGUUCGAUCCCACAGUGUUAGAGCGUUAUGGGGUACCGGGUGGCUUCGAUUAUGCCCAGGGCUACGCAGACAAGUCAUUCAACAUCGUAUGCUCUGGCUGCGAGGAGACUCUAGAUCAUGACUAUUUGCCCGUGCUAAAGUUUAGGAAUGACAAUAUAGCCUUGAUCGAAAGACAGCUACCUCUCCCUGGAACAGUUUACAACCCCGACGGAGUGGUCAAGAACAGGAAGAAAUGGAGAGCAAGAUGGGCCCAACUAACACCCAAUUAUUAUUUUUUGGCUAUUGGAAAGGAUUUUAUCAAAUACCUGGACAAACAUGGGACAAAAUGUCGCUCUAUUCGCAAACUGGCAGAUGGCAUCCACACAAAUCUAUAUCGGCGGAACAUGAAGAUCAAGGUUCUCGACAUGGACUCGGAAUUGGCCAAUAGCGACAUGUUUCAGACAGAAAAGGGAAGGGGAAGAGGCACUUUACGGCGUAUGAUGUCUCGAUAUUGGGGCGGCAAUUCGUCUAUCUUUGCUAUGGAUCUCGUCGGGGCUGUCAUUAGGCAGGGAACUUUUGUGCAAAAGAUGCAUAAGUUGAACUGGCUUCAUUCAUAUCCAAUGAGUGAUCUGCCUCAGCUUAUGGAGAGGUUUAUGGCAAAGUACAAUGUUUUCUGGAAAAUUAUUGUCGAUAAUCCCUCGCAGAUGGUCGUACCUACGCUGGACGUGGAUCUGGUCUGGCAUACGCACCAGCUGGCUCCGAAAAGAUAUUAUACUCAUUCUAUCGAAACAACGAAGCACAAAAAGCCAAUACGCUUCAUUGAUCACAAUGAUAAGAUUGAUGAAGGACGGCUAUCGGAUUCCUUUACAUGGACAGUUAAGCAAUACCGCAAGGCUACGGGGGGCCAAGUCUAUAGCGAGUGUCUCUGUUGGUACUGCCAGGUUACGCGCGGAGAAGGUAUUCUCGAGAAACUAUCAUUGGCGCCCCAGGUCAGUAAGCAACUGGAAAAGUUGCGGAUAGAAAAGAAUGGCACGCUGGAAGAGACAACAGCGGCGCAUAUCUCUGCCCACAAUGCAGUCAGAGCACAAGGACCAGUGUUCCGCAAUCGUCGAAAAGAACUAGAGAAAAUCAUCAAGCAACACGAAAAGCAAGAACAUGGAACCGGUGGACAGUAUAGAAAGGCAAAGAAAAACCAAGCACAACGCCAAACACUCUUCGAAGUCUUCGAGAAAGACUUCCCGCUGCACCAAGACGCAUAUAUUUAUAACCCUAGUUGCAUGAGCAUGGACAAGGACGCGGUAGGUAACUGUAUAGCAGGCGCUUGCAGUCCUUCAAUGGCCGCUGGUAGCUGUGGAGGGUCUACAUUUAACUCGUCCUGCGCGUCAACGGCCAGGUCUCAUGGCACUGGAUUUAGGUACAUUGAAUACAAAGGAGCUGGAGGCGCAGGCGGAGUAGGAUGCGGUGGAGGCUGUUGA